AUCUGACCUCGCAUGCUCACUACAGGUCUCAACCCCACACGACGACAACAUGUCGUGGCUGUCUAGCAUAGCGGUAGUGCAAUGGCCUGGGGUGGGCUGGCUCCACGACAGAAACCACUCAAUGCACGUCUUAUAUAUUUGCAGACGGUACGUAUGUAUGUACGCUGUACUCCGUACAUACAGCAGCAGGCACACAGGUACUACUAUACAUUACAUACGUCGAGGUGCACCCCCCAUCUUGGGCUAUUCACCGGACUAUACAAUUGGAGAAGGACCUCCACAGAUGCCCAGAAUGGUGCCAGGGCUCUUCCCAACUGGCUACAGGAGAAGCAAAAAUGUCGCUCGCUUCAGCUCAAUGUAUGCGCAUUUGCUUGCGCACACCGACGUCUCUCCAUACCCUACGUGCCUACGUGCCCUGCCCUGCCCUGCCCUGCCCUGCCCUGCCCUGCUAGACGCUACUUACGAUUUCGUAAAAGCUGAUGCCAGCCAAUAAGUCAACUGCAGAGACUCCCCAAGGAGGAUGGAAAACCCCGCACGCAGCUGUUUGUGUGCCAGCAUCAGGUCUGCAUUUCCAAUAAUGCAGCCUCGCCCGCCGUGGACGUGGACGUGGACGUGAAAAUUUCUUCUCUCCCUUCCAAUUGUCUUACGAUUGGGCAUGUUGGGCAGUCGAGCGAUC